AUGAAAAUUAUAGAUCAACCAAAAAAUAAUUACCGUACCAAGAGAGGUCUAAUCAAUUUAGUUGGGAGAGUAUCUAACGUCCUAUUCGGUGUAUGUGACGACACCGACGUAGAAUAUUUUUAUAGUAAAAUAAGAGAUCUUGAAAUUUCAAAUUCGCGCGUUUCUAAAUUAUCUGAUGCACAAAUACAAAUUAUGCAAUCAAUUAUAUCAAACGUAAACUCAUCGCUAUUAGAAAUAAAUAAAAAUGAAAUUAAUUUAGCCGACAAGUACAGUUAUCUACUUCAUGAAAUGCAAGCAGAGAAAGCUGCAAUAGGUAUCUUAAAUUUUAAAACAGCACUAGAAGAAAGAAUAUCAUUAUUAAAUAUAAUUUUAACACAAUACGCAUUUGAAACAGAAAAUUUACUAAAUAUAAUAAAUAUGGCCCUACAAGAUUUCAUUCACUCCAGUAUAUUAGAUACAAAUACCCUUAAAAACUAG